UAGAACCCUAGUGUAUGGGGAUUGUUUUCUCCGCGAGCGUAGCGUAGGUGGGCGGGAAUGAGAUCCAGCGCAGGUUAGUCGAAAUUCUUGGAGAAUGCUGCUCGCGGCAGGCUGUCUGAUUGAUUUCCCGUGCCAUCGAUGGCCUUCUAGAUUUGCGAGCAGCGCGAGAAGGAGCUAUGCCGUGCGGCGGCUUAGAAAUUGCCAGGCUCAGGGAUUUCGGAGCUCCAGGGGGCUAGAUAACGGCUAUGGAAGCGACGAGGAUGGGAAUUUUGUUCUUCAGCAGCCGCUGGAGAUGGACGUGGAGGCUGAGGCGCUGGGGCUGCUGGAAUGGCCGCUGGUUUGUCGGCAAAUCGCCAGGUUUUGUGCCACGCCCAUGGGUGUUGCUGCUGCUCGGGGCUCCAAUCUUCCAGUCGGGAAGAAUCGAGAGGACAGCGAGGGAUUGCAAGAUCAAACAGCGGAUGCUCACAAGCUGGCCGGGACUCUUCGGUUUCUUGGUGCUAAGGACGUGACGAAGGUCGUGGAAGCGGCCAUCUCCGGAGAGUUUUGCAAUGUUGGAGAGCUUUGCUCGGUCAAGGAUACGCUAGAGUGCGCUCGACGCUUGCACGAUCAACUCUUCGCGAAAGGUGGUGGUGGUCUGGAGCUAGAACGUUUGGAACUUUCUCCACUACAACGGAUCAUGCAAGGCCUGGAGCUUUGCAGCGAGCUGCGAGAAGACAUCGACAAGUGUUUGGAUUCGAAGAGAGAGAUCGUUCUCGACAGGGCGAGCACGAAGCUCUCGCAAGUUCGUCGCCAAAGGCAGGCCAACAUGACCGAGCUCGAUAUUUUACUGAAGGAAACAGCGAGAAUGGUGAUAGAUGCCGGAGGGAUCGACUCGAUGACAAUCACCACCAGAAGAGCCAGGCUUUGCGUUGCUGUGAGAGCGUCACACAAGUUUCUACUUCCUGGAGGCGUGGUCUUGGAUUCUAGCAACACUGGUGCGACGCUGUUCAUGGAACCAGAGCCGGCACUUCGGUUAAACAAUUUGGAGAUACAGCUCUCGGCAGCUGAAAGAGCAGAAGAAGUGGCGAUUUGCAGAAGGCUUGCGUCCAGAGUUGCCGCCUCCGCAGCAAGCAUCCUUGAGCAGCUCAACGCAAUCAUGCUGUUGGAUUUAGCCUGUGCUCGAGCGAAGCAUGCGAAGUGGCUUGGAGCAGUGAAGCCCGCGUUCUUCGAAAGUAAAAGCGAGUCGAAGGGAGUGAUCAUUGAGGAGAUUCGGCACCCUCUAUUGCUUGAGACUGCACUGGAAAAAGGUUUGGACAGAGAUAACUUUCCUGUUCCGAUUGACAUCAAGGUGAGAGACGGAGUCAAGAUCGUUAUCAUCUCUGGUCCAAACACCGGUGGGAAAACUGUAGCUUUGAAGACGCUGGGAAUUGCUUCUAUUAUGGCGAAGGCGGGACUAUACUUGCCUGCUUCAGGAAAUCCCAGACUCCCGUGGUUUGAUCGUAUAUUUGCCGAUGUUGGCGAUUCUCAGUCGCUGGAGCAGAAUUUGUCAACAUUUAGUGGUCAUAUGAGGCGUCUGUGCAAGAUUACCGAAGCAAGUGGUCCUCAGUCUCUGGUGCUGAUAGACGAGAUUGGAGGUGGCACUGAUCCGGCCGAGGGAUCGUCUCUGGCUACUGCUGUGCUCAAGUAUUUCGCCAAAACGGUUCAUCUAUGCAUCGUCACCACGCAUAGUGCUUCGCUGAAGACCCUUCCAAUCCACGACCAGGACUUGCCAUUUGAAAAUGCGUCUGUGGAGUUCGACUUAGAAACGCUUCGGCCAACUUACCGAGUUCUUUGGGGACUUCCUGGACAGUCAAAUGCUGUCAACAUUGCGAAGUCUCUUCAGUUCGACUCGGAUAUCCUCAGCCGUGCAAGCUACUGGCUGACUAAGCUGACACCGUCGGGACUUAAAAGUCGUCAGAGCGAUCUUAUGCUGCAGCUCAUGAAGCAGUCCGAGGAAGAAGAGGACCAUGCCUGCACAGCAGCAGUGUAUCUUUCUGAUAUAGAGACACUGCACAACGAAAUCGCGUUUGAAGUUGACGACCUGGACAAGAGAAAAAUUGCCGCAAAACGCCAGGAACUAGCUUCGAUGAGCAAGCACGUCACUGAAGCAAAAAACAAGAUGGAGGCAGUGAUAUCCAGGUAUAAAGAAGGCUUGAGUAAUAACAGUGGCGGUGGCAAGGCAUUUACAUUGCGAACUGCACAGGACUCAAUCACCACCAUAGUGAACGACUAUGGCGCUUUCUUCAAAGAACAAAAUCCGAGCAAUAGUUAUUUGCCUUUGCCGGGAGUAGGAGAACGAGUUAUCAUACGGAGGCUGGGGAAAAAGCCGGCAACUGUACUUGAGCCUGCCGACGAUAGUGGCCAUUUGAUGGUUCAACUUGGAACUAUGAAAAUGCGCGUCAAGACCACUGAGCUGAUGCUCACAGCCCAGGGCAGUCCUGUUAAACAGGCAAAGAAGCCUGCUCCAUUCCUUCCCGAAUCGGGAACUACGGAACUUAAAUUCGGGCCUGCAAUCCAAACGUCGAAGAAUACAGUAGAUUUGCGGGGAAUGACAGUGGAGGACGCUAUCCAAGUCGUUCGCAUGGUUAUAGCAGAGAGAGAACCGGGAUCAGUGCUUUUCAUCAUUCAUGGCGUCGGAACAGGUGCUUUGAAACAGGCAGUGAUCUCAAUCUUGCGAAAGCAUCCCAACGUGGCCAAGUUUGAGGACGAGUCCUUCGUAAAUGGUGGCUGCACAGUCGCUUACGUUUCAUAGACUACCAUCGUCAACGAUGAACAAGAAAGCACAGGGAAGGAGAAGGAGCUUUCAGUGAAUCCAGAAGUUAUCAAGAAAAAUAGGCUCGAAUGCGGGCGGGAUCUAUGAUAAUGGCCACUGAGGAGGGAAAAAGCCAUUGUUUCGCGAAGACUUUGCUUCCUCUAGUAUGCAAAGUGUGGGAAUCUUUUUAGCUUGCUGCUUUGGCAAAAGAUAAAACUCACAAGGACGAUUAUGAAA